UGUCUUCUGUAAUCAGAGUAUAUGUUUGAGUUUAUUUCUUUUACAGAGGACUCAAAUUCUAUUACUCAUGACUGUGCUGCACUACUCUUUUUCUGUUUCUCACAUGGAGUAUUUAAGCAUCAUCUAUUGUUUUCAUUUUAGUGUUAAUUCACUCCUGAAUUGUUACUCCUAUAUAAGUUUAUUUUUCUUUCCUUGUUCACAUCACUUGUUAUUUUUACUUUGGACUCUAAGGGCCGCUGUUGGUCUUUACAGCACGUUUAAAGCUUUACACCCUCUGUACUCUUCUAAAUAUACAGUAGGAGAGCAAGACAUUCGCUUAUUUUCGACACUGAUUUUAGGCGGAUACAUUCGGUCUCCAACUGUGGAUUACAACUGCAUAGAGAGAAGGACGAUAUCGACAGUUUAAAAGCCUUUUGUCGACAUUCUUCUAUGUGGACUUGGAUUCAUUGAUUGAGAAAUAUGCAUUCUUUCAGGAUGGCUCGCACGGGUAAAUGGCAAGUACGGGCCUUCAUCCUUAUUUUUCUCAUCGACGAGACAAUUUGCCAAAUCCGUUACUCUGUUCCAGAGGAAAUGAGGAAGGGCUCGUUUGUCGGAAAUGUGGCUGAAGAUUUAGGUAUCGACUCUAAAAGACUGAAAUCAGGCGGUGCCCGAAUUGUUAUCAGUGACAGCAGUGAGUAUAUUAGGCUGGAUGUAGACAAAGGAAAUCUGGUCGUGGGAGAGAGAAUAGAUAGAGAGCAGCUUUGCGGACAUACAUCGCCCUGCAGCUUGAAUUUGGAAAUGAUUAUGACAAAUCCAAUUCAACUGCAUAGCGUUGUUGUGGAAGUACUGGAUGUUAAUGAUAAUGCCCCUGCGUUUCAGGAGAAGGAAAUGAAUUUAGAACUUGUAGAAUCAGCUCUUCCAGGAACCGAAAUAUUGCAAGUGAGUGCAACAGACCCCGAUGUUGGCAUUAACGCUUUACACGGCUAUACAAUACACCCCAAAACACAUUUUAAUAUAAAGGUCUCGUCCAGCCCAAAUGGUCAUAAAUAUGCACAGCUUUAUCUUUCUGAACCUUUAGAUAGAGAGAAAGAAGGAAAGCUGCUCCUCACGCUAACUGCUGUGGACGGAGGUGAACCACAGCGUUCAGGCACCUUAAAAAUACACGUAACUGUGCGAGACACAAACGACAAUGCUCCCGUAUUCAUGCAAUCAAUUUUCAAGGCUUCUGUUAAAGAAAAUGUCCCAGGAGGAACGUUAGUAGUGAGCUUGAGCGCAACAGAUGCAGAUGAAGGGAUAAAUGGCCAUGUUACUUAUCAUUUUAAUCGAAUGUCCGGUAAUGUUGCCGAACUAUUUCAUCUGGACGAAAAUACCGGCGAUUUAACAGUAACUGGUAUAAUUGAUUAUGAAGAGAAUAAAUUAUAUGAGAUUGGGGUACAGGCAAAAGAUCAAGGUGGACAGAGCACAUCAACAAAUCUGAUAAUUGAGGUUAUAGACGUCAAUGACAAUCCUCCUUUAAUAACACUAACCUCGUUUUCUAAUGCUAUUGCCGAGGAUUCACCUAGUGGGACUACCGUGGCUAUCAUAAACGUCAAAGAUCUGGAUUCAGGCAAAAAUGGAAAAGUAGACUGCUCAGUAAACAGCAAUAUUCCGUUCGCAAUUCAUUCAUCUCUAAAAAAUUAUUAUACUCUGGUCACAAACGGUGUGCUCGACAGGGAGCGUAAUCCUGUUUAUAAUAUCACUUUCUCGGCAGUGGAUGAAGGGAGCCCACCCCUCUCAACAAACAAGACAAUAACACUUAGAAUAGCAGACGUAAAUGAUAAUGCCCCGAUAUUUGAACAGAGUUAUUAUGAGGCUUCUGUUAUGGAGAAUAACUCACCGGGAUUGUCUGUGUUUUCCGUUCAAGCACGCGAUUCCGACUCAGGACAGAACGCACGCGUGUCUUAUCUGCUUAUUGAUACCGAGUUAAAUGGUAGUCCUAUAUCUACUUACAUAUCAGUAAACGCAGAAAGCGGAGUUAUACAGGCACUACGAUCAUUUGACUAUGAACAAAUUAAAACUAUACACAUUUUUGUAAAAGGACAGGAUGGGGGUUCCCCUCCUUUAAGCAGCAAUACCACAGUUAGAAUAAAUAUUGAAGACCAGAACGACAACCCCCCUCAGGUUCUGUACCCAGUCCAGACUGGUGGCUCUCUGGUGGCUGAAAUGGUUCCUCGUUCAGCAGAUGUGGGCUAUCUGGUGACUAAAGUGGUGGCUGUUGAUGUGGACUCUGGACAGAAUGCCUGGCUCUCCUAUAAACUGCAGAAAUCCACAGACAGGGCGCUGUUUGAAGUGGGCUUACAGAAUGGUGAAAUCAGAACUAUCCGCCAAGUCACUGAUAAAGAUGCUGUCAAACAAAGACUGACUGUUAUAGUGGAGGACAACGGGCAGCCCUCUCGUUCAGCUACAGUCAUUGUUAACGUGGCGGUGGCGGACAGCUUCCCUGAAGUGCUAUCGGAGUUCACUGAGUUGACACACGACAAGGAGUACAAUGACAACCUGACUUUUUACUUAGUCUUGGCUCUGGCUGUAGUUUCCUUCCUCUUCAUCACGUGUUUAGUGGUUAUUAUAUCAGUCAAAAUCUACAGGUGGAGACAGUCUCGCAUCCUGUAUCACUCCAACCUGCCUGUGAUUCCAUAUUAUCCACCACGUUACUCAGACACUUUGGGCACAGGGACUCUGCCACAUGUGUACAAUUACGAGGUGUGCAGGACGACUGACUCCAGAAAGAGUGACUGCAAGUUCGGCAGAGCUGGCAGUCAGAACGUGCUAAUAAUGGACCCCAGUUCUACAGGAACGAUGCAGCGGAUACAGAGUGAAAAGAGCAUCCUGGAUGAACCAGACUCUCCUCUUGAGGUGAGGACUUUGACAUAAUUAAGUUUAUGCCCACAUUCUUUAGAGGUUUAUUCUACGUUAUACCACAUUUCAUCGUUCACAUUUCUGGUAACCCAUGGUGCGUUUUCAGAACCACAACUCUUGGACAGCUCAACUGCUUGAAUGUUCACACUCCCCUUUUAACGUGCUGCUUAAUUCACUUUGAAAAGAGGAGCAAGAUCUAUUGUUUUAAUUUAAGUAGUUAUUGUUAUAUUUUAAAACAACUGUCUCACUGGUAUUUCUGCAUAAGACUUUAUGGCAUUGUAGUUAAAAGACAGAUGUGUGAUUGCUGAUUAAAAAUGUAAAGCAGAAAAGUGCUUUGAAAGCACUUUUUUCCUUUUCGUGUUUGUGAUAUUCGUGUAUUUGGACAGUAAGGGACGCUGUUGGUCAGCGAAACUAGUAUUCAGUGUUGAUUUGGUGGAGGCAGAGGCUUCCUUUUUCCCGUUUUCUGAUGAUCGAAAAUAAACGGUGGGCUUCGCAUUCAGAGCUGCAGUCACAAAUCUGUUAAGAGCAAGGACUUCAAAAUCAAAGGAUACUGGAUAUAACAGCCUUUGUUCUUUGUGGAUCGUUUACAAAAGGAUUUUGUGCAAUUUUCGUUUUUUGUGUGUGCAAUGGCGUUUAAAAACUCGCCUCGGUCGUGUGUAAAAUGGCGUUUGAAUUUCAG